AAACUUGCAAUGUCAUCAGUUAUAACAUGUAAAAGUAAGUAGAGUUUAACUUCAUUAUCUCCAUAGAGCUGCUGGGCAGAAUUAAAUCCCCAUCAUCAUCAUCAUGGCGUCCGAAACGAGCACAUGGAACACGAAAGCGGACUUGGUGCCCCUCGAAAAAGGCAAGGAGAAGGAAUUACGGACAAGGAUUAGCAAAAUAAAACAGGCAGAAGUCCUGCGCCCCGGAGUGGUGUAUGUCGGCCAUGUUCCACAUGGCUUCUUUGAACCGCAAGUGAAGAGGUUUUUCUCCCAGUUUGGUACAGUCUCAAGAGUACGACUGGCAAGAAGCAAAAAGACUGGUGGCUCCAAGGGGUAUGGCUACAUAGAGUUUGAGUGUGAGGAGGUGGCCAAGGUUGUGGCUGAGACCAUGAACAACUACCUCAUGUUUGAAAAACUGCUAAAAUGUGAGUUUAUACCAGUUGAGAGACUGCAUCCCAAGACAUUUAACGGAUGGAACAGGAAGUUCCACAAACCAACCAGACGAUCCACUGCCAUAAGGAAACACAACAAACCCAAGGAUGCUGCAGCAACCCUGCAGUCAGCCGUGCGUCUGGCAGCCAAAGAUCAGGGCAGGAAGAGGAGGUAUGCAGCCUUGGGGAUCAAGUACGACUUCAGUGGCUAUGAUGACAUAGCCAAGAAGGCUAAACUGCAAGCUGCCGGCACCGUCUCUCCUAAGGUCCCCAAGUCAGGACAAGCCAAGAAACCUGAACAGUCUCCCGUCACACUCAUGCUGGACAGCUCUGACCCUGAGAUAACUUUCAAGACACCUCCAGGAGUCGCCAAGGUCAAGAAAGUCAAGAAGGCUGGGAAGAAACAGACAUAAGGACACUGUAUAUAAGGACAGGGAGACAGUUAGACCCCAUAUCCAUUAGAGGGGGAUAAAACCAUUAUUAUAGUAAUACAUGCACCGUACACACACACACACA